AUGGCCGACGAGGUGACGAUCGACAAGGCCACCUUCCACAACCGUCUCUCGGCCUUCAUCUCGCAAUGGAAGCAGGACAAGCGCAAUGGCGACCCUCUGUUCGCCGGCGCCUCAUCUAUUGCCAUCGUCAUGGGCAAGUCGGAUGAGUCUCAGGGCUUCACAAAGACCAGCGCAAUGCAAUUCUGGCUGCUGGGUUACGAGUUCCCCUCGACCGUCUUUGUCAUCACUCAGGAAUCCAUGCACAUCGUCACUACAAAGAAGAAGGCCGCCUACCUCGAGCCCCUCAAGGACGGCAAGACGCCUGUCGAGAUCCUCGUUAGAGGCAAGGAUGCUGCUGAGAACACAAAGCAGUUCGAACGCUGCCUUGAAGUCAUCAAGAACGCCGGCAAGAAAGUCGGUGUGAUUACAAAGGACCCCUCGAAUGGCCCCUUCAUGAAGGAAUGGAAGGAUCAAUUCGAGACCAUUUCCAAGGACCUGGAGGAAGUCGACAUUACAGCUGCCAUCUCGGCCGCCCUCAGCAUCAAGGACGAGAAGGAGCUGCGCGCAAUCCGUGACGCCUCGCGCGCGUCCAGCGGAAUCAUGGCCAACUAUUUCGUCGAUCAAAUGUCGGGCAUUCUGGACGAGGAGAAGAAGAUGAGCCACAAGGCUCUGUCGCAAAAAGUCGCAGACAAGAUUGAAGACGACAAGUUCUUCCAAAAGCUCAAGGUGUCGAGCGGUUUCGAUCCCGCCCAACUCGAUUGGUCUAUCUCGCCCGUCGUACAGAGCGGCGGCAAGUAUGAUCUGAAGCUUUCAGCCGAGGCCGAUGAUAGCAACUUGCAUGCUGGCGUCAUUUUGUCCACCCUUGGUCUGCGCUACCUCAGCUACUGUUCCAUCAUCUCCAGAACCUACUUGGUCGACCCCAACAAAUCUCAGGAGAGUGCAUACAAGCUACUGCUCGCAGUUCACGACAGCAUCCUCAAGAACAUGAAGGACGGUAUGAUCGCAAAGGAUGUCUACGCCAAGGCAGUUGGCCUCAUCAAAUUGAAGAAGCCUGAGCUCGAGAAGAACUUCGUCAAGUCGAUUGGCUAUGGCAUUGGUAUCGAGACUCGCGAUAGCGCUUUCCCCAUGAACGGAAAGAACGUCCAGACUCUGCGCGACGGAAUGACCUUUAGCAUUACUACUGGUUUCCACGACAUCGAGAACCCCAACCCUCAGGACAACAAGAGCAAGACAUACUCGCUGCUGCUUACCGACACCGUACGAGUCGGCAGCACUGAGGGCUUGGUAUUCACCAAGGAUGCUCCUUCUGACCUCGAAUCGACCUCUUUCUUCUUCAAGGACGACGAGGACGAGCCGGAGAAAGCAAAGCCGAAGCCAAAGAAGGACUCUCGAGUUGGCGCUGUUGCAAAGGGCAACAUCACAAGCACCAGACUACGCAGUGAGCGCAGCACACAACCUAACGAGGAAAAAGAGGCCCAACGUAGGGGACAUCAGAGAGAGCUCCACUCGAAAAAGCAGCAACAAGGCUUGGAAAAGUACAGCGAAGGCACUGGUAACUUGAACGGCACAGAGGUGAAGAAGUUCAAGCGUUUCGAGUCUUACAAGAGAGACAACCAGUUCCCCUCAAGGGUCAAGGAUCUGAUUGUCUUGGUUGAUGUCAAGAAUGCUAGCAUCAUCCUGCCAAUUAUGGGGCGCGCUGUUCCCUUCCACAUCAACACCAUCAAGAACGUCAGUCAGACGGAGGAGAACGCAUUCUCCUUCUUGCGAAUUAACUUCCUCUCUCCUGGUCAGGGUGUCGGAAGAAAAGACGACCAACCUUUCGAGGACCCUCUUGCUCACUUCCUCCGAAGCUUGACGUUCCGUUCCAAGGAUACUGACAGAAUGAACACCAUUGUCGCGCAGAUCACCGAUAUGAAGAAGGACUCCGUACGCAAGGAGCAAGAGAAGAAGGAUCUUGAGGAUGUUGUCGAACAAGACAAGCUCGUCGAGAUAAGAAAUCGCCGACCUCAACGUCUUGACAACAUCUUUAUGCGUCCUUCUUUGGAAUCCAAGCGUAUUGGCGGCUCGGUUGAGAUCCACCAAAAUGGUCUGCGUUACGCCCAUAUGGGUGGUGUCAAGGUCGAUGUGCUCUUCAGCAACAUCAAGCACCUCUUCUUCCAACCUUCUCAGCACGAACUCAUUGUCAUCAUUCACUGCCACCUGCACAAUCCUAUCAUGAUUGGCAAGAGGAAGACGAAAGACAUUCAGUUCUACCGCGAAGCCACAGAGAUGCAGUUCGACGAGACGGGUAAUCGUAAGCGCAAGCAUCGCUAUGGUGACGAGGAGGAGUUCGAGGCAGAGCAGGAAGAGCGCAGACGUCGCGUCCAGCUCGACAAGGAGUUCAGAUCCUUCGCCGAGAAGAUCGCAGACGCUGGCAAGACCGACAAUCUGCAAGUCGACAUGCCUUACCGUGACCUCGGUUUCAACGGUGUCCCUGCUCGCUCCAGCGUCUACAUUCAGCCUACCACCGAGUGUCUGAUUCAGAUUACCGAGCCACCUUUCACCGUCAUCACACUUAACGACAUUGAGAUUGUUCAUCUAGAGCGUGUCCAAUUCGGCCUGAAGAACUUUGAUAUGGUCAUUGUCUUCCAGGACUUCCAGCGCCCUCCUGUACACAUCAACACCAUCCCCGUCGAAUCUCUUGACAGUGUCAAGGAUUGGCUGGAUUCAAUCGACACACCCUACUCAGAGGGUCCCCUCAAUUUGAACUGGGGUACCAUCAUGAAGACGGUCACUGCCGAUCCUCACGAGUUCUUUGCUGGCGGUGGUUGGUCCUUCCUCGCCGCUGAGUCUGACGACGAGGAGCAGAGCGAGGAAGAGGAGAGCGCAUUCGAAGUCAGCGAGGAAGAUCUCGCUAGUGACGAGAGCAGUGAAGACGAGUCAGACUUCGACGACGACGCCAGUGCCGACGCCAGUGAGGAAGAGAUGAGCGAGGACGAGAGCGGCGAGGACUGGGACGAGAUGGAGGAAAAGGCAAAGAAGCGUGAUCGCGAGAGCGGCCUUGACGAGGAGGAGAGACGCCCUGCUCCCAAGGCUGGCAAGUCUAAGAAGCGAUAG